UCCCUUCCACCACACCUCUCGCGAGAUCUCGCGUCCGAAGGAUGGUGUUGUGUUAGAGGCAGUGGGGAGAAGGGUGAGGGGUAUCCACAAAGAUGUUGCGUGAUUUUUGGGAAAUUUAUUUAUUUAAAUAAAAAUGGCCGCCGCAGAGAGCGGAGAGGAGAGACUCAGAGGUGAGGACAAGAAUGAAGACCAGGAGGGCUCAAAAGACAAGACGCAGAAGCAGAAGAAAAACAAAAGAGAACGGCAAGAUGUGGAAAAACUCGAGGCCACAGUGUCCGUUCCUCCACCCCCGCCCCUCCUUACGCAGGGGGAUGUUGGACAACAGACAGAGGCAGGGAAGUCUGAACCCAUUGACCCUGAAGUUGGAGCUGCUCUCAGCGCUCCAGAAUCUUCCGCAUCAGCCAAGCAGCGGCGUUCCAUCAUUCGGGACAGAGGCCCACUGUAUGACGACCCUUCACUGCCUCAAGGUUGGACGCGCAAGCUAAAACAGCGCAAGUCGGGGCGAUCCGCUGGAAAAUUUGAUGUCUACCUGAUCAACCCAGAAGGGAAAGCCUUCCGUUCCAAAGUGGAGCUCAUGGCGUACUUCCAAAAGGUGGGCGAUACCACCACGGAUCCCAAUGACUUUGACUUCACAGUCACGGGCCGCGGGAGCCCCUCUCGCAGAGAAAAGAGACCACCAAAGAAGCCUAAAGUGGUCAAACCUUCUGGUCGAGGGAGGGGUCGGCCCAAAGGCAGCGGCAAGGUACGGCAGGCCACAGAAGGGGUGGCUGUGAAGCGUGUCGUUGAAAAGAGUCCAGGAAAACUCCUUGUAAAGAUGCCCUUUGUGGUCCCCAAAACUGAACCAGGGGCUCCAGUGGUGCAAGCCGUAGUUGCCAAAGUUCACCGAGGGCGCAAGCGGAAAUCAGAACAGGAACCACCGAGCACCCCCAAAAAACGUGGCCGCAAGCCAGCAGCUGCUUCACAGUCAGCGGUGGGGACGGGUUCAGCUGCUGCAUACACGACCGCAGCCAUUCUCACCGCCGAGGCCAAGAAAAAAGCUCAGAAGGAGUCUUCCGUAAAGCCUGUUCAGGAGAGGGCACUUCCCAUCAAGAAACGCAAAACUCGAGAGACUUUAGAGGAGUUGGAAGGAUCCACCACCUCCACGACAGAGACGUUUGUUCCCGUGAUAGCAAAACGAAUGACUGCAUCAACUGUGACCCCUACAGGGGAGGAGGUAGAAACAGGACAGAAGUCUCACAAGCAUCCCGGCCGGAAGCACAAAGAGGCGUCUACAGAUCCGGGGAACGGCAGCAGCAGCAGCAGCAGCGGGACGGUAACCAGCGGCAGUGGCAGCGGACCGAAGAGUCACAAGAAGAGAGAUCAUCGAGGGCAGCACUUUAAACACCACCACCACCAUCACCACCACCAACACCACCAUCUACAGGCCAUGCCGCCCUCCACCUACACUCCACAGGCUCACCAGCUCUCCCUGGGUCACUCCACGCAAGGGGGGCCGCUUGUGACAACAGAAAACGAACCCCAGGACUUGAGCACCUCCAGGCCCAAAGUGGAACAUGUGGCCUUCCGGGAGGAAGCAAGAACUGAUAGCUCCUCGAGCAGGGACACUCAGAACGCAAGCAAGAUGGCCUCCUCUGACCUGAGAGGGCAGCAGAAGACUGUGACGGGGGAUGGCAAGGAGCUGAGAGACAUUGUUCCUCCCUCCGCCGUUCCUAGGCCGAGCCGCGAGGAAACAGUCGAGUCCCGGACACCAGUGAGCGAGCCAGUGAGCUGACUGACUAAGUGAUGGAUCGGGUGCGGCUUUGCGUCCCGAAGAGUUGGAGGGCGGUCGCAGCGGGACGAGUGAUUUUUUGUUCUUUUUUACUGAUGAAAAAAGAAAAAGGAAACAAAAAUAUACAAAAAUGUAAACGUACUUCUACAAAAGGCAGCUGUUGUGUCUCGUUCUCUCUGUGGGUUGGACGCGGGGCGAUAAUUGCUUCCGGAUGAAUUCUCUGCUAACCUUUUUCUUUAUGGUUUCCUUUCAUUUCCCACUAUAUCUUUGUAUUAGUAUAUCUUAGCACUCACCUAAACCAGUUAUUCCUUUGUCAGAGCUUGUAGGAAGUAGAAACACACUCAAGUGGUAAUGAAGUCACAUGCCAUAGUUAUCGUAAAGCGAAACUUUCCGGUCAAAGAUGCUCUCGAAAGUACUAAAAUGCAGCAUAGUCAUGUCAUCUCAACCCUAGAAAAAAAGGUGUCCUAUCCGUGUGUUCUUCCUUUUGUGUCUAAAACGAAGGGGCAAAUCCGGCAAGCUGAAGAAAAGAAGGGCCACAUUUUCGAUCUUCAUCUUUUCCAUUUGAGUCGGACGCAGCUGUUGCAGCAUCAUCACCUUUGAAAUAAGACGCUAGCUUAACUCUGACAGAAAAGAACUUCCUAGUUGUGGGUUUGUGCCAAGCUGAUAUUUCCAGCCUGUUGACCUGUAAAGAUAAAUUGAAUUUAGAAGCAGUAUUUCCUUUUUAAGUUGUUGGUAUUUUCAGUGCACAUGUCUAUUAAUUAUCUGUAGUUUGGUUAACCUAAUAAUCACCAGUUUCGGAGAUGCCUGAGAAAAUGCAACUAGAGCGGAAAGCACUAUUUUUCAUUUUCUCUGGUGGGGAAGAUAAAGCACAAAUGUAUUUGUUAGGGAGCAUUGAAAGCACAGUCCAGUGUAGCAUCUUGAGUAGAUGUCAACUUGCGUAAAAAAAAAAACGAGAAAAGGAAUUUGUUAUGUUUACCUGCUUUUUUCCCCCCAUGAAGUACAGUUUAAAUAGUGGGCGUGUGUUCUUACGACACAAAUCCCAACCAAAAAAAAAAAAAAAAG